AUGGACGUUUUGCCCUCCGUAGAUGAGGUUCAGGACGUUAGCACGGUGUCGGACGUGACGAGACUUUUGAGAGUGCCGGCAACAAUUUGGGAAGCUUUCUUAGAGCAGGUUGGGAACCCGGGCCAAGACUUAAGGGUGGUGGCUGCCUUACCGGCGCACAUCGUCGUGCAGGGCAUUGGUCAGGCACAAGCUGCAGGAGUAGGGCUCUCCGCCAUCGAGGCUGCACAUGUGGGGUUAGUCUGGCGAGUUGCAAGGAUGGUCAUGUUCUUGAAGAGGGGCGGGGAUAUCACAAAUUUUGAGGAUGUGGAUCCUUGGGUACCCAAAGACACUUCGAAAUUUCCCGGACAAGCUCAAGGGCAUGCGCCAAAAGGUAGUGGACUUAAAGAAAAGGUCCUGAAGAUGUCCACGUUGCUGGAUCAGACGGAUGAGAGUGAGUUGAUGCCACCUGAUUUGCAGACCGUUCAUUCUUGGUCGCAAAGAUACCUCCAAAUCAUGGGGGACCAUCCCAUGGAAGAGGAGGAGCCUACGGAUGCCCAAAUGGCAGCGCUGGACAAGAGGGUGAACCAGUUAGGCCAGGCUCCCUAUGUUGACAUGGGAGUCUGGUUACCUUUUGGAAGACGCGCACUUCGCAACCAGAAGAUGAGGGCUUUCUUCCCGGUGGGCGAUGGAACCUUUGUGGCCAGGGAGUUUCCAGGACCACAAAACUUUUUGCAAUGGCAAGCAAGCUGGAAGGUGUUCAAAGUGGCCGCAAUUUCUUUGGACAUCUGCUCCAUUGCCUCCUUGCUCCUCUACGAGAAGGCCAUCGAGAAGAUGACGGUACAGUGGCCCAGGAAUUGGGGGCUCAUCGCACACGCUGAUGACAAGGCCAGAGCUGAGCGUCUGGAAAGAGUUCGAAGGCAAUUAGCAAUGGACGUUAGGAACAACAAGAGUGUCCCGGCGGACUACAACGAGGAUAAGCCAUGGUCAGUGGUUUUCAGAUUGGUGGCACAAGAUGAAGGUUACUGGAACGAUCAAGUUCGUCAUCCAGCAACAGCAUGGCUGGCAUCGGGAUCGAAAGGUGCCCCAAUGGCAUCGUCCGAGGCAUUGGCCCUGGCGCACUUUCCUGGACUUGCUGAAGGACAAGAACCAGAAGUUGCAAGCAAUGACAAGGAUGAGAGAAGGAGGCAGGCCAACAGGGACAAAAGAGCGGCGAAGAAGAGACGAGCUCAAUCUGACCGCGAAGAGUUGGCGAAAUGGCGCAGCACGCCUUCAAGCGGAAAAGGAGCCGGAAGUGGGGGAAAAGGCAAGAGCAAGAUGCAGGGCAAGGAUCAGGACACUUCAUGUGGCUUGGAUGCAGAAUUGCCGGAACGAGUUGAAGAGUGUUUGAAAGGAUGCGACACCUUUGGCAAGUUCAAAACGGAAAGGAAGUUUAGAUUUUUGCAUGUGUUUGCAGGGCCACGUGAUGUGCUGGCAAACGCAUUGAAGGAAGAAUGUGAUAGGGAAGGAAUUCAGCUGGAAGUGGAGUCCUAUGACAAGUUGAUGGACUCGAAACAUGACCUUUUGGCAGAACAACCUUUCACGGACAUCCUGCAGAAAGCGAAGGCAGGGGCCUAUGAUGGUGGACACGCUGGCUUUCCCUGUGGCAGUUUUUCAAGGGCAAGGUACAACACAGAAGGAGAAGGACCUAAACCUGUCAGGUCUGGAGCUGAGAUAUACGGCCUGGCAACAAAUAGCAAGGCUCAACAGCAGGAAGCAGACAGGGGCACCGUGAUGGCAGUGAGAUCAGCCAUCAUCAUCAAUGAGGUGGUCCAGAGUCAGAGGCGCAGAUCAGUGCCAACGGCUGGAACGGUAGAAAAUCCACCAGGCAGUGACACGGGUGAAGAGGGUCCGGCCUGGGCCCUUCCGGAGCUCAUCUCCUUCGAGAAGGACCUGGGAGCGGUCACAGCUCUUUUCAACACCUGCGCGUACCAGUCCAAGGUGAAGUACAAGUGGUUUAAACCAGGUCGAUUUACGGGGUGCCUAGCGGAACUGGGAACUUUGUCCAGGAAAUGCAAGUGCCCUGGAUGGAGCAAACAUCAAGCACUAGUAGGCAAAGACAUGACCUCCCGAGCAGUUGAAUACCCGGAGGAGCUUUGCAGGGCCUACGCAGUGCUGGUGGUUAAGACCUUCAAAACCACGCUUCAAAUGGAAUGGUGGCGAGAGGCAUUGAAAAGGAAGAAAGAGGAGGUCUCGGACGCCCAGGUGAGGUGGCUGGCAAGCAAAGGAAAGCGGCAACAGCCUCCAGCCAGAGCACAAGAUCUUGAAGCGUCCAGACGUGUUUGGAUGGCCGACAACGUGGAGAUAAGCUCAGGACCAACAGAAGGGCCAUCCAGAAAGAAGCGAAGAGAGGGCGAGAACGCUCACUUUGUGGGCGGCAUGAGAAAUCCGGCCAAGGCAGUCAGCAGGCUGAGCAAACUGGCAGAUGCUGGACGUGACGUUCGCAGACUGUGGACGAGAUUUGUGGCAGAACAUCCACAAGCACUACGAACAGCAGAGGACUAUGGUGGGGAGAACUGCCAACUUGACACGGACGUGUUGAAGGCUUGGACAGAGAGGAUCGAGCACUUCUUGAAGGUCAAGGACUUUGAGGAAGUGGUGCUCAGGGGGCCAGGCAGAUUUACAUCACCCGUGAAUGCAAGGCUUUUGGAGGCCUGGCGCAAGCAUUCGGGAGACCCAGAGUUGGACCUAGUGGGAUGGAUUAGAGCUGGCACCCCCUUGGGCAUGUCUGAAAGAAUACCGUAUUGUGGUAUCUUCCCAAUGACAGAAGAUGAAGACAUGGAGUUUGAGGAAAUGCCGGACAUGGAGGCCCAAAUGGGUGCCGAGAACUACAAGAGCUUCGUGGAGGAGCCCGAACAUGCAGAAUUGCGAGACUCCUUUGCGGUGGGCACGGUGAGCAAGUUGGCAUUGAUCCUCAAGACAAAGGAGGACGGGUCUGUCAAGCGCAGGGUCAUCAUUGAUUUGCUGCGCAGUGGAGGAAACAGCAGAUGCAGGGUCAGAGAAAGGAUAGUUCUACCCCGAAUUCAAGACGUGGUGGACAGCUUGAAGUACCUGAGGGAAAGUCGUUUUGGGCUGAUUUUUAAAGCCCAGAAAGAGAAUUGGGAGGACCAAGAUCAAUGCGACGAAGUGGAACUGGUGUCGGCAGACCUAGCCGAUGCGUACUGCCAUUUGGCCGUCCAUGAGAAUGAGCUGGGCAACUGUGUGGCGCCAUCGAUGAACCCCGGCAAGUACCUGGUGUUCACGGCCAUGCUCUUUGGCUUCAAAGGGGCCCCAUUGAUCAUGGGGCGCUUUGCGGCGACUUUGGCAAGAAUGUUGCAAGCCAUGGUGCCACCUGACGAGAUGCAGUCGCAGGUUUACAUGGACGAUCCCCUAUGGAUGCUGCAAGGACCAAGAUGGAGAAGGAGAGAGAAUUUGGCCUUGAUCCUCUACAUGUGUGGAGCUCUGGGCGUGAACCUUCAGUUCAGAAAAGGCUUCAGAGGAACGGAUGCGAUCUGGAUUGGGACACGCAUGGAGGUGAGGAUGGCCGAAGAGGUGGUCAUUUUGUCAAUCCCGCCCAAGAUGAUGAACGAGGUCAAGUCAAUCUUGGAAGGUUGGAACAACAAGGGAAUGGUGCCACUUCGAGAAGUGCGGGCUGUGACGGGAAAGCUAGCAUGGAUUUGUGGCAUCAUAGUGAGAGCCAGGUGGUGCGUGAACAUCCUCUACUCGGUCAUUGCUCAGACCUUAGCCGACGUCAAGGUCGAGAGUGAGCGAGCAAGUCGAAGAGAGGAUCCAAGGCCAAAACCCUUCAUGGUUGCAGUGCACCGCCUGGAGCUUCCCCGACAAUGGUUCAUAGCGAUGUUCGAUAAGCCGGACAAGUUCGCUCUGAGGCGAGAACCCCUUCGUGAAGAACCACCUCAAUUUGCCCUCAUCACCGACGCGUCACCAAGGGGAAUUGGUGCCAUCCUGGCGGACAUUGACAGGAAAAGUCGCACCAUCAUCCCCGUGGAAGCGUUGGAGAUACCGUUCACGGAGGAGUACGCGCGAUGGAUGGGCAUUCCAUGGGAUGACCCGGCGGGGCAAGGGCCUUUGGAGGCCUGGGCUAUCCUGAUGGCCAUCAAGAAAUGGAAACAUAGGCUGCGUGGGCAUGCCCUUCUGAUCCGCGCUGACAGCGUGGUGGCGCUGGCGGCAGUGAACAAGUCGGCGGCACCUUCUCCAGUGUUGAAUUGGAUUGGAGCCGAACUGGCAUUGAAAGCGGAGGAGCUCAAUCUGCGGAAGUUCAUCACGCAGCACAUCCCCGGAGCGUGGAAUGUGGAAGCAGACUGGCUUAGCCGACCUCACCAACGAGGAGCAAUGCCCAAGCGCUUGGAAGGCGUCCCGAUGCGCCAAUUUCCAAAGGAAAGAAUCAUGACGUCGGCGCUAAAGCCACCGGGCGUAGAUGUCGCACUGAGGUGCUGUGAAACCGUGUUUUCAUGUCAGCGCAGCAUGGGUGACUCGAGCAAGCACAAUGGAGGAGAUCAAGCAGAAGGAGCACAGAACCACCACUCCAGAGCCCAUAGCAGUCUACUCCUCGUUCAGAAGAGGGGGGAACAGGGAAAUGCUAACCAGGGACAUGGUGGUACGCGCUCUACCUGUACUCGAGGACAUGGAGCAAAGACUGGAAAUGGCAAAACGGAGAGAGAGCUGGACAGAAUCUUAGGCCGAUGCUUGGGGAAAAAGAUGGAGCAGAGAACGAACUUCGUCAAAGGAGAGGCGAUGAACCCAAGGAUGAGAGCGGCCAAACGUGAUAAGGAGGAGGCCGACGGUAAUCAUGCCCAAGUUGCAGAACAUGAUGGCGCAGAACUUACAGGAAUGAAACUAGCAUGUCGUCUAGCUGCAUCAAAGAAGAGCAUGAAAAGCGCGGUGGACAAGCUGAAGGCAAACUUUUGGGCCCCAUCCUCAAAAGCAUCCAGAGAUGUCAAAAGGUCUGAAGUGAUGCGACUGGCAAAGUUGGUGGCGGGUGCAAACAUGCAAAUUUUCCCUCUAUCACAAGAGGUGGUGGAAGGGGUAGCUGCGUGUUUGAAAGACGCCAACAUGAAGUCAGGCGACCAAUAUUUGAAUGAGCUCAAACUUUGCCACGUGGAACGAGGUUUUGACUUACCACCAUGGCUCAUUCGAACUCUGGCAAUGUGCAAGAAGGCUUUGAUCAGAAACAAGGGACCUGUCAAAAGAGCCCUUGAAUCAAAGGUGGAGAACAUCAAGGAGGACACCUGGAUCUUAGCCGGGACUAAUGCCGACAACGGGAUUAACCCAGCUUUGGCAUACUCAUGGGCAUGUUUGUGGAUGUUGAGAGAAAUUGAAGCAAGCGAGUGCAAGUGGGAGCACGUGCAGGUGAACUCGCAGCGCAAAACCGUUUCUUUGACAAUCCCCAUUUCAAAAAUGGAUCAAGAUGCUCGAGGAAUCAAAAGAACGCUGCAGUGCUGUGGUGAAAGCGUGUGCUCUAGGAUCGAAUGGAACCAUCACCCCGUCCCCGUGGACAUCGCACUGCGCGCCUGGCACACCAAUGUGGAGAACACCGAGAACACCUAUGU